AUGGCACGGAAGACGUGUCUUCCAGUUUUCACUUGGGUGACGACGGGGAUUGCUAUACUGUUGAUUUUGUUGCUUGUAUACAUGUAUACAGUCUAUGACUUUUACGGUCAGGAGAUGGGUGUUCCCGCCGAUGGGCCGGGUGCGGCGAUGAAAGGCGUGGUCGAGUUGCAACCUUCCAACUAUGACGAAAUAAUUGGCCAAUCCAAAUAUGUUUUUGUGGAGUUCUACGCCACGUGGUGUGGCCACUGCAGGAGGUUUGCCCCGGAGUUUGCGAAGCUGGCUGCAAUGGUGCAGGAGGAUGAGGCAUUGAGAGCCAAGCUGAUUGUGGGCAAGAUGGACAGUAAACGGCUCCGACAACUGGCCUCAAAGUUUAAAGUGACUUCUUAUCCCUCCCUUUUUUUGGUGCGGCCUUUUCAAAAAAAAGGGGUUCGCUACAGAGGAGAACGAUCCCCUGAGACUAUUAUGGCUUACCUAAAACAGAAAAUUAAAUAA